UAUAUUUUUUCUUUCUCUGUCAUUCACAUUUUUGUUGUCUAAAACAUAAUUAUUUAUUUUACUAACAGGAUCCAGACAAAUCCGACCAGGAAGACAGAGGAUUGAGCUUGUGUCGCGACCAUAUCGUUGUUUGCAUUGUAUCGGACGGAUCUCCUGCUUUCAUUGGGCUGAUGGGCUUCCUCAAACCAUUGCGGGCUGCCCAAAUCGCCCGCACAACGGUUGUCAUUUUGGCAAAUAAGAAAUUUCUCGACUUAGAAGCACCCACUAUUAACAAGUUUUCUGACGUGCUUUUUGUCCAGGGUACUCCAUUCAAUGACGACCACCUACUUGCUGUAAAUGUUCAACUGUCCCGAUUGUGCGUAAUAAUUGAUGCGAGUGAAACCACUAAGAAACUUGGGGAUGACACCCACCCAGCCGCCGAUACACAGUUUCCCGCCUUAUCAAAAUAUUUCAACCGACACGGGACGGCCGUUCGAGCAACUUCUGCUGUAGCCGAGUUCAUUAGAAAACAUCAUGACAGAACUACAACCUUGCCAGAAAACAUUACGGCUGCUGUAGCGGACAUUGCGAGCAGAAUCAUUUCUCCAAGCCAGGAAGCCUCCAUAAAAGAGUCUGUGGAAGCCUCUAUAAAAGAGUAUUUACUGGAAGUCCGGAGUUAUGACAGCGAGUAUAAAAAAACUGCAACGGAAAAAAUAAUGAAGCUCUUGAGACAGCGUGACAGAAAGCACGAACGGCUUAUAAGGUUCAUUAAAACGCUGUACGAAAGUUCCCAGCAGUGGGAUAUCGGCGUUAUUGAAAAAUUUGUGGACAUAUCCAUUGAUAAACGCAGAGACGCAUCGUCUGCUGAAACCGCUAAUAAAGUAAAAGAAGUUCUUGUUAAUUUCCGCAACGAAUGUGAACACUUACUUGAAGCUAGGACGCCCCAGUUGUUGAAAUCUUGUGGAAGCGAAAUAUUGGAAGAUAUAAAAGGACUCAUGCGAAAUUUUCGACAGUAUGUUUUUCCAUCCGGAGAAAUCUUCACAUGCAUGCAUCACGAAGCACUGGACUGCAUAUCAUGGAAUCAGAAUAUCAUUGGAAGUUCAAAGGUGACAGUGGACAGCAGUAAUCACAGCUUUAUCAACGCAAUGAUGAUUAAAUGUUACCGGGAUGUUGAAGUAUUUGACGUUAUCCGGUUGCUGCUGAUUAAUGGAUAUAAAAAUGCUUUCCACGAAAACUUGAGCCGCAAAAUUUCGGGAUGCCCGUUUGUUGGGAACCAGGCUAUCUUAACCCAGCUGUAUGCUGUCAGCAAAGAUGGUACAAUAACUGGGUUUCGAAAGCGCCACAAUGCAGACAUAACGGCCGAACGACAAGGAAUCGACGUGCAAAUCCUUGCAAGACAGCCUGCGUCUACAAGCAGUGCAGCAGCAGCUGUCAGCGGUGCUGUACGUAGCAGUCCAACAGAAAAUUUUCCGCGUGAAGGUCGUGACGUUACAGUUCAUGGAGGGGACAAACGACCAGAAGAAAUAGACCUGCCGAUUGCGGACGUUAAUUGUUCAUUUGGUACAUUUUCGGAAGAGGCCAUGAAAACGGGAUAUCUCGUUCUGGGAACGGAAUUUCCGGUGGAUAAAAACAUAUUAAUGCGGGAUAUGCCAGACGGCUGUUCUUUAGUGGUCCUCGAAAGACCGUGGUACGUGGCAGCCCGUCAGAGACUUAUCAAGGCAGUGAUGGACUGGUGGGCUAACAAUGGCAAACCAGAACCAAAAAGGUGGCAGAGAUUUAUGGAGAUUUUACCGUCCUAUGUUCUAAGUCGCACCGAAAGGGAAAGCGGAGUGAACAUCGGAAAUCCAUAUAUGGAUCAUAGCCCAACCAAGUGGCUUAAAGCGUACUACGGCAUUACGAAGGACGUAUUCAACCUGUUGAAUCCCGUAACGUCCGAGAGUGAAGACUGCGGAGCGACAGGCGAAAAUUCCGGAAAAGGAAAAGCAUUGGAUACGAGCACAGAACUGAAGAAGUUGCCUAUGGCGAUCUUCCACUUCAUCAGAGAAACUUACAAUAACCCAACAGCAGACUUCGAAAAUAAGUCGCCCGGAACGUACUAUUACGAUACUGGUAAUGACGAAGCACUUAAAAAUUCUCAUAAUAUAUCGUGGAACAACAUCUUGGCAGUGUGCUCUAAUGGCACGCUCACCUCAGCGUGAUUUUGGUGCUGUCUUGAUUUUCCACGCAGUCCGCCCCGCCACGGAUAUGGAUAAAUUUCAUGCCCAAGCGCAAAACUAGUGUUAUUUUUUAUACUGCAUUGGUUUUUUUUUUCCAUUAUCGCAACCUUACCGAUCUUUGCAUCGAUGGCCGUUUUCAGGCUCUUCGUACUACUUACUGUGUAUUCAAAUGGCUGUUCACUAAUUGUCGGUUGUCGUGCAAAAGGAGUUAAUGACGAACUAAUUACGGUAACAGCCAUUUGAUUAACUAGGAAAGUGCACUCGCUUUUUGCGGACUCUGUCCUGAGUGACUGGCACCCCCUUUUUACUGUGGGCACUAUUCUUCGAUUAUUUAUUGCUAUCAUCCCGGCUGUUAUAAUUUUUAAUACAAUGAUAAGUGAAAUCUUGGCCUCGG